CAUUUUUCGAGGUUAUAGUAUCUUUGUUUACAUAAAAAACUAUUUAUUUGUUACAAAAUCAAUGUUACCUCCUUAGUAGUUAAAUUAUAAGCCAUGUGGGUGUUUGGGUACGGGUCCCUGAUGUGGAAAGUCGACUUUCCCUAUGAAGAAAAAAUCAUAGGGUACAUCAAAGGCUACGAAAGAAGGUUUUAUCAACACAGCACCGAUCACAGAGGUACCCCAGAUAAACCAGGACGUGUUGUGACCCUUAUUCCCAGUUCUAAAGAAGCUAAAGUGUAUGGAAUAGCUUACAGAAUAAAGGAGAGUGAUGUAGAUGCUGUUGUCAAGCACCUGGACUUCAGAGAAAAAGGUGGAUACGAGCGUACACGUGUUAUUUUCUACCCCAAAGACCAUUCCAUGGACCCCUUUGAAAUGACUAUUUACCUAGCUUCGUAUGAUAACCCGAAUUUUGCCGGCGAAGCUGAAUUAGAUGAUAUAGCUCAGCAGGUAGUGAAAAGUAUAGGCCCCAGUGGACCAAACAUUGAUUAUGUCUGCAAUUUAGCCAAAAUAAUGCGGGAAGUAAUUCCAGAAGCCGAGGAUGAUCAUUUAUUCGAGCUGGAAGCCAAAGUGAUAGCUCUCUUAAAGCAGAAGAACAAUGGUUUUAGUGAGAAAUUUCAUAAAUUGUGGUAAAAUGUAUUAUAGAAAUGUCUAGAGAAAUUUACUUAUUAUUCUUCUAAUAAAAUGAUGUAUUAUUUUGUGGUAUUGCAUCAUUUA